AUGACCACCGAUUACAAGUUCGAAGGCUGGCUCGGCCUUGACGCUAGCGCCGCCGAUGGCAAGAUGCAGUGGAAGGAGUUUGAGCCCAAGCCCUGGGAGGAAACAGACAUCGACGUCAAGAUCUCGCACUGCGGUAUCUGUGGGUCAGACCUGCACACUCUACGAAGCGGUUGGGGCCCAACAGACUACCCCUGCUGCGUCGGACACGAGAUCGUCGGCACGGCCGUGCGCGUCGGCUCCCAAGUCAAAGACAUCCAAGUUGGCGACCGGGUCGGAUUCGGCGCCCAGAGCGAAUCCUGCCAGGGACGCAAGGGCGACUGCGCCGAAUGCGCCGCCUCCAACGAACCCUACUGCGUGAAGCACUUCACGGGCACAUACAACGGCAAAUACAUGAACGGCGGAAAGUCGUACGGCGGGUACGCUUUGUACCACCGCGCCCCUGCGCACUUCGCCGUUAAGAUCCCCGAGUCUCUAUCCUCGGCUGCUGCGGCACCGAUGCUGUGCGGUGGUGUGACUGUCUAUUCGCCGCUGAAGCACUUCGGAUGUGGCCCUGGCAAGCGGGUAGGAAUUAUUGGUGUUGGUGGACUUGGACACUUUGGUGUUUUGUUCGCGAAGGCGCUGGGAGCAGAGGUUGUGGCUAUUUCCAGAAAGGCAGAUAAGCGCGAGGAUGCGCUGAAGAUGGGCGCUGAGCUUUACGUCUCGACGCAGGAGGAUACGGAGUGGAUGGCGCAGAACAAGCGCUCGUUGGAUCUGAUUGUGUGCACUGUUUCCUCGUCUAAGAUGCCCAUCACGGACUACGUUUCCCUACUCAAGGUCGAUGGGACGCUUGUCCAGGUUGGUGUCCCUGAGGACGGCGCCCUGACUAUUCCUGCUGCGGCGUUGGUGAUGAACCGCGUCAAGCUUGCUGGUUCCCUGGUCGGGUCCCCUGAGACUAUCCGUGAGAUGCUGCAGUUGGCUGCGGACCAGAAGGUGCAGCCCUGGAUUCAGGAGCGACCGAUGAAGGACGCGAACCAGGCGAUUGUCGACAUGCAUAACGGCGAUGCGCGGUACCGCUAUGUGUUGGUCAACGAGAACUAG